AUUGAGCUAGUUCAAUCGCCAUUUUUCCAAGUUGCAGACACGAUUCAGCUUCCACCAUACCAACCAAAGCUGCUGCUAGAAAUCACAAACCAGAGAGACAUUUCAGUACACACAGAGCAGAUGAAAGAGAAAAAAAUGGACAAAUUAAUGAACUGCCUCCGCUUCUUCCUGCUGCCACUUCUUCUUCUACUUGCACUCAUAUGUUCGUCGCAUCAUGGCCAUGUUGCAGCCUCCAAAGCAACUGUCGAAAACCUUCCUGGAUUCCAGGGCCGACUCCCAUUUUACCUCGAGACCGGGUAUAUUGGAGUUGGGGAAGCUGCAGAGCUGUUCUACUACUUUGUGAAGUCAGAAGGGAAUCCUGAAGCUGACCCUCUCCUUCUCUGGCUCACUGGCGGCCCUGGCUGCUCUGCCUUCUCUGCUCUUACCAUGGAAAUUGGUCCAAUCAGGUUGCAAGUACCAGUAGCGGGACAUAACGGGAGCUUGCCAAAUUUGAACCUCAACCCAUUUUCCUGGACUAAGUUUUCGAGCAUCAUAUUUCUGGACUUGCCUGUUGGGACUGGAUUCUCUUACUCAACAAACCCAUCUCCUGAUGAUCAUCCAAGUGACCAGGUUCAAGUUUCUCAAGCUGCAGAGUUCAUCAGAAAGUGGCUGGGAGAACACUCGGAGUUGCUGCAAAAUCCACUUUAUAUUGCAGGGGAUUCCUACUCAGGCAUGACUGUUCCACCCAUUGUCCUACAACUGUCCAUUGGAAACGAGAAAGGCAUCGAGCCGAUGUUAAACAUCAAGGGCUACAUACUUGGAAAUCCAGCAACAAGUGGUGAAUUUGAUAAGAACGCCCGAGUCCCAUACGCACAUGGAAUGGCACUCAUUUCUGAUGAACUCUACAAGUCACUUCACAAAAGCUGCAAGGGAGAGUACAUCACAGUUGAACCUACCAACUUGGAAUGUAAGAACAAUCUAAAGGCUUUCUCCGAGUGUGUCUCAGGUAUAAACACACUUAGCAUACUGUAUCCAGAAUGCAAUUUAGAUCCAGCAAAAAUGCCAGUGGAGAUUGCUGCACUAAGAAGAAGAAUGUUCCAGGACGAUUCUCAGCUGUUAUCGACCGUUGAUCCGCCUAAGCUCGAUUGUAACGAUGACACCAAUCUAAUAGUCUACAAACAUUGGGUCAACGACAAACUAGUCCAGAAAGCGCUUCACAUAAGAGAGGGGAAGAUAGAGGAGUGGGAGGUUUGUAAUCGUCGAUCGGAUUACGAACAUGAUAUUUCUACCAGUUUCGUGUAUCAUGUCAACCUUUCAAUCAAGGGCUAUCGUUCAUUGAUCUACAGUGGCGAUCACGAUAUGGUAAUACCGUAUAUCGGAACACAAGCAUGGAUUCGAGCUCUCAAUUACUCCAUCGUGGAGGAUUGGAGAUCAUGGCACGUGAAAGGUCAAGUUGCAGGGUAUAUGAGGACGUACUCUAACGGAAUGACCUAUGCAACUGUGAAAGGUGGUUCGCAUAUCGCUCCAACUAACAGGCCCGUGGAAUGUUAUGCAAUGUUCCAACGGUGGAUAAAUCAUAAGUCGUUGUAAUCAAUUAGCGACCAAAAUGUCUUUCCUGCUCAAAUAAGCCUUGUGACCUAGUCAUACCAUUACCAUUGUAGCUAAGAAAAAACAUGUAAUGUGAGUGUGUGUGAAAGUAAUUUAGUGUAUCUUAUUAGUCGACCAUACCGAAAAGUUAUAUCCAAAGCUAAAGGAUGUGGACCCACCAUUACAAUGUAUCAUCUCGUUUGACUGCGAUUUCAAGUACCAAUUGAAUUUGCAUCAUAAUAUUGAGAGUAAAAGUUUAAUUUGUAC